UGAAGAAAAGAAAGUGAGAAAGCCAUUAGGAAUAAGGAAGAAGAGGGUGACAGAGAGGCCAUGCCUUCUGCUGAUCCGCAAGAGGGGUGCAGUACAUGUCCUGUAGCAGCCUUGCCCCACUUCCGCAAAAGUUGAGUGUUGUGCUAUGGAUCACUCAGAGCACAAGACGGAUGACAACACAAAGGACACAACAUUGUGGGGUGGUGCCCCCCAGUACGACUAUGUCCACUAUGAACAUUGCACUACUUAUGGGAUCCCAUCCGAGGCGGGCCACGAGACCGGGGGGACUGGGGACGACAUGCACUACCAAGAGAAGGCCCUCAACCACAUACAGCUCUAUGGCCAAUACACGGAGCAGCUCCCCAGUUUUUCUCCAAAGGAAGCCUCUGAACUCCUGAGUGAGAAGACACCCCAACGCAAUGGCCAAGGGCCCCUGAAGCGGAGCAGUCAGGCUGAAAUCAAAGAAGAACGCCACUCCAAAUGCCAUGCCUGUGCUAAAAGCAUCCAGAAAUAUUUAACCAAAAAGCUAGGGGAAGACUGGAUAUUCUUAGUUCUCCUGGGGCUUGUGAUGGCACUGGUGAGCUGGGGAGUGGAUUAUGCCAGUGCAAAGAGUUUGCAAGCUUACAAAUGGAUGUACCGAGAACUUCACCCAAGCAUCCCUAUGCAGUUCCUGGCCUGGGUCACAUACCCCCUCAUCCUCAUCCUCUUUGCUGCACUUUUCUGCCAACUUGUUUCUCCACAGGCUGUGGGCUCUGGAAUCCCUGAGCUAAAAACAAUCAUGAGAGGAGUGGUACUCAAGGAAUACCUCACACCUAAGGCAUUUGUGGCCAAGGUUGUCAGCCUCACCGCUGGCCUAGGAAGUGGGAUACCAGUUGGGAAAGAGGGCCCCUUUGUGCACAUUGCUAGCAUCUGUGCUGCUGUUCUCAGCAAGUUCAUGUCCAUCUUUUGUGGUGUAUAUGAGCAGCCAUAUUAUUACACAGAUGUCCUGACUGUGGGAUGUGCAGUGGGGGUUGGCUGCUGCUUUGGAACACCACUUGGAGGUGUCCUCUUUAGCAUUGAAGUCACAUCCACCUAUUUUGCUGUCCGUAACUACUGGCGUGGAUUCUUUGCAGCUACAUUCAGUGCCUUUGUUUUCCGAGUCUUUGCUGUCUGGAAUAAAGAUGCAGUCACCAUCACAGCUUUGUUCAGAACAAACUUUCGUAUGGAUUUCCCCUUUGACCUACAGGAGCUGCCAGCUUUUGCUGUAAUAGGGAUCUGUUCUGGAUUCCUGGGAGCAUUUUUUGUUUAUUUCCAUCGUCAGGUGGUUUUGUGUGUCCGUCGGCACACAGCUCUGAGUCAGUUCCUCACCAAAUAUCGCCUUGUAUACCCAGGGGUUGUAACCUUUGUGAUAGCGUCCCUGACAUUCCCCCCAGGAUUUGGACAGUUUAUGGCUGGAGAGUUGAUGCCCAGAGAAGCCAUCAGCAGCCUCUUUGAUAACUACACUUGGGUAAAGCAUAUAGAGGACCCUGCAAUCCUGGGGAAGUCUGCUGUUUGGAUCCAUCCCAAAGUCAGUGUGUUUGUCAUCAUCCUUCUCUUUUUCCUCAUGAAGUUCUGGAUGUCUGUUGUCUCUACCACCAUGCCGAUACCAUGUGGAGGCUUCAUGCCAGUCUUCGUGUUGGGGGCUGCGUUUGGACGCCUGGUGGGUGAAAUUAUGGCCUGGCUUUUUCCUGAUGGGAUUCUCUUUGAUGGUAUUAUUUACAAAAUCUUGCCUGGAGGUUACGCCGUGAUAGGAGCUGCCGCUCUGACGGGUGCAGUGAGCCACACAGUGUCCACGGCAGUGAUUUGCUUUGAGCUGACAGGUCAGAUCUCCCACAUCCUGCCCAUGAUGGUGGCCGUCAUCCUUGCCAACAUGGUAGCCCAGAGUUUGCAGCCAAGUCUUUAUGACAGCAUUAUCCAAGUGAAGAAGUUGCCCUAUUUGCCAGACCUGGGCUGGAAUCAAAUAAGCAAAUACAAUAUUUACGUUGAGGAUAUUAUGGUGUGUGAUGUCAAAUUCAUCUCCUCUAACUGCAAAUACCGGGACCUGAAGGAUAUACUUGAAAAUACAACUGUCAAGACCUUUCCGCUGGUGGACUCCCCAGAGUCCAUGAUCCUCCUGGGUUCAGUGGAGCGGCCAGAACUCCAGGCCCUGUUGCUUCGGCAUCUCAGCGCUGAACGGCGUUUGUAUCUCACCCGGGAGAUGCAGCAAAAGCUGACUGAGUUGCCAUAUGGCGGACAAAGGUGGAAACACGAAUCAUUUGCUUUUGUGGAUGAGGACGAGGAUGAAGAGGAAAAGACUGAGCUUCAACUCCAACCUCCUUUAAUCUCCAGUUACCCAGAAGGACCCAAUGGCCCAGUGACUCCUCAUAAACCAUUGCCAGAGACACCACAACCUCAGCCGACUCCAAGGCAGAGAUUCUGGCGCUUGAGACGACUGAUGCAGCAACUCCUGUGUCUUUACCACUCUUCUUCAUCAGAGAGGACAGCUGAGCAGGAAUUACCAGAAUUUGAAGAUCCAAUGAAGCCAGAGGAGAUAGAAGCUUGGGAGCAGGAGGAGCUAGAGAAAGAGGUGUGCUUCGACAGCUGCCGGAUAGACCCCUCUCCCUUUCAGCUGGUGGAAAGGACAUCCUUGCACAAGACACAUACCUUGUUCUCAUUGCUGGGACUCAGCCAUGCCUAUGUAACCAGUAUGGGGAAGCUGAAAGGUGUGAUUGCACUGGAAGAGCUCCAAAAAGCAAUUGAGGGUUCAACGAGCGCUGGUGUUCAACUUCGACCUCCUCUUGCAAGUUUCCGUGACACGUCAAAAAACAAGGAGCACGGCAAGUGGGCCCCACAGAUGUGGAGCAAAGAGAACAGCAGUCCAGGUCCUGAGGGAACCAUGACAGACUCAGGGACAGUGCCCCUCAAUGCUCCUGCCCCUCAACCAUCUCCCAACCCCAGUGAAGGGAAGGAGAAACGCUCCACCUCCAUUGCUGAUUUGGAACUGGAAGAAAUUGAGCUUUCUGGCCCUGCUUCUGAGAAUAUCUCAGACAUCCUCAGGGACCUCAAUUUGCGUUCUACGGAUGUGGAUGAAGAUGAUGAUGACAUGCCACCCAAAUGGUAAAGAAGAGGGGCUCAUCUUGCCUUUGCCCCAAGGUACUCUUGCUGUAGGUGUGCUUCAAGGAGAGGCUGUGAAUUGCCUCCCUUUGGCACUAUUGAAUGGUCAUCCUUGCUGGAGAACCUUAGCUAAGCGGACUGGCUUUUCUGCCUGCCACUAUCAGUGGGUGGGUGGUAUGAGAAAUAAAUGGGCCAGAAAAAACCUGGGCCUUUAUCCCCUG